GGGGCCCCGCCCCGCUCGGCCCCACUGGCCCUGCCUCCGCCCUGCUGCAGCGCCGCGCCAGCACUCCCACGCAGCUGCUCUGUGCGCCGGGCGCUGCCACAGCCAUAGCCAUAGCCAUGCCGGGGCUGCUGCUCGGGGAUGAGGCCCCCAAUUUCGAGGCGGACACCACGUACGGCCGCAUCCGUUUCCACGACUUCCUGGGGGACUCAUGGGGCAUUCUCUUCUCCCAUCCCCGGGACUUCACCCCAGUCUGUACAACGGAGCUUGGCCGGGCAGCAAAGUUGGCACCUGAGUUCAGCAAGCGCAAUGUUAAAAUGAUAGCCCUCUCUAUUGACAGCGUCCAGGACCACCUCGCCUGGUGUAAGGAUAUCAAUGCAUACAAUGGCAAUGAGCCCACAGAGAAGCUGCCUUUUCCAAUCAUUGCUGAUGCAAAUCGGGAGCUCUCAGUCCAGCUGGGCAUGCUGGACCCAGAUGAGCGGGACAAGGAUGGCCUGCCUCUGACAGCACGUGUUGUGUUUAUUUUUGGCCCAGAUAAGAAACUGAAGCUGUCCGUCCUCUACCCAGCAACCACUGGCAGGAACUUUGAUGAGAUCCUCCGAGUAGUGGAUUCUCUACAGCUGACAGCGUACAAGAAGGUUGCUACCCCAGUGGACUGGAAGGUAACACAGUUGCAUCCUGCUGUUCUGCAAAUCAUUUCCUCCCCUCUGCCUCCUGGUCCUCCAGCAGACAUCAGAGAUAAGAAACUAAAACAGGGCAGGAGAAAUGGGCUAAUGGCAGGAGCUAUUAAAUGCUCACUAGAGAGCAUCCUGGACACGAGGCUUUCUACAUGGGAGCCUAGCACGCAACAGAAAGAAACAAGAGCAGGAGCAGAAGGAAGUACAGCAAGGAGUCAAGUCACAUCCCAUUGAGGCUGAGACGCAGCUCACACAUCCCCCAAGCUGCUGCUUGUACUCCUAAAUAUGCUGGCUAGUGCUUUUAGUCUCUGCUCAGCCCCAUCUGUGGCUCUAGUUUCAUCAGCUAUGCUGUCAUAAGUGAUUCAUCAGAACCAGGAGAUGGCCCAGGAGACAUUUUGUAGAGAUGGAGCCUUUCAACCCUCUCGCUGCUGCCCCAGGCUCUUAGUACUGCUUGUGUACAUCUCCAGAGUCUUCCCAGCUCAGGUGACUAAAAGCCUUCAGACCUGGCUUACAAAGGGCUCAUACCACUGUCAUUUGAGAAGCUUAGAGAACAGACCCAAAUCCAGGGAGAUGUUGACUAUCCAAAUGGCAGAGGACAUGGUCCAGAUCCCACAGGAAAGUUAGCCUUGACACUGGGAGAAAGAAGGCAGUCCCCAGUUGAAGGUGGUAGGCCUGAAAUCUGAGGGGGCUGCCUCAGUAGAUGUCAGCACACCUCACUGGGGAACUGUCCCAGAACUGAGAGAUCGACUGCCUGGCAGGGAAGAGUGACCUUCCUGUAGCCCACCAAGGCACUGCUCACUCUGUUUCAGUUUCUCUCUGGAUUUUCAAGGGUCAGCAGACAACUCCAGCAGGAUCUAGCACUGUGGUGACAUAUCCCUCUAGCUAAGUCAUGCCAAUGUUCUGCCCCUUUGAGGGAGGUGCAAGAUCCAAGACAAGAUGCAAUGAAAACUAAAGGAGUGUCAUCCAUCCUGACUGGACCCAGCUCCUGAGGUGACAGCUCUCUAGUCUCACUGCUCCAAAUGUGCCUUCCCUGUCAGGAGACUCAAUAGGGAGCCAUCUUUUCCUCUCAGCACCCCCUAGCCAACCCUCAGGGCCAAGAACUGAAAAAGUCCUUAAAGAACAAGCCUGUACAAGACCUCAAACAGCUUCUCUUCCCUAGCUGGGCUUGCCAACCUUCCCUGCUGGGUCUAAUCACCAAAAAGGGCCAUUCAAUCCCUAGCUGAUGAGAAUCAGAUGGUGUGAGAGUAACUCACUUGUACGAGGAGAGGCUUAAGUCCAACUCCCUGUAAGGGGCUAACCAGCACGUGGCACAGUUGUCAGUAUGCCCUAGAUUUCAGGGCAGAUUCAUGGGCACUGGAGGAGGAGGUGCCAACUAACAGUGUGACUCAUUUUGGGGGGCCACAGCCCUAGUAGGGAGAAGCUGGCCUGGAUCUCCAAGAGGAAAUCGCCAUGGUCCAGGUUGUGAAGGGAAGGUAGAAGAGAUAUUCAAGAUGAUGACCUGUGUCCUUCAGGAGC